AUGUGCGCUGAAAGAUAUCGUCAGCUUCUACGAGAAGAUAGAGUGACCUCCAACAUGAUAUGCGCCGGAGUUUGGGACGUAGGUCAAAAAGACCCAUGUAGUGGUGAUUCAGGUGGACCGUUGUACACUGGGGGCAUCGUUGUGGGUAUCGUGUCCUGGGGCUUUCAUUGUGCGGAGCCAUUCUAUCCUGGUGUGGCCACGGACGUCGCUUCUUACACUAACUGGAUUAUAAAAAGUACACGUUAA